AUGGCGAAGAAAGCAAUCGAAUCGGUCCAAUGCUUCUGGCACAAGAAGACGGCGGUGGUUGUAACGUACUGCAAGAGAGACCGUGGGUUGAUCAAGAUCAAUGGUUGUCCCAUCGAGCUCGUCGAGCCGGAAAGACUUCGCAUCAAAGCCGUUGAGCCAAUCCUUCUCCUCGGCCGUCACCGUUUUGAUGGCGUCGACAUGAGGAUUAGAGUCAAGGGCGGAGGUCACACUUCUCAGAUCUACGCUAUCCACCAGAUCAACUCUAAAGCACUCGUGGAUUUUUACCAGAAGUACGUCGAUGAGCAGAGCGAAGAAAACACGCCGUUAAAGAAAAAGCCCAAUGAGUUCGGAGAGGUUCUGGCGAUGAUAAUUGGGGUAAUUUGUGCUUUCGUUUGGUUAAUUAAUGUCAAAUAUUUUCUCAGCUGGAAGUAUAUUGAUGGUUGGCCUAGAAAUUUCAAGUUGUUGUUCGAGAAAUGUACAUAUUAUUUUGAAAUAGCUGUAGCGUUGGCUGUUGCGGCCAUUCCAGAAGGGUUGCCGACAGUUAUUACCACUUGUUUAGCACCUGGGACUAGAAAAAUGGAUCAAAAGAACGCAUUGGUGAGGAAAUUGCCAAGUGUCGAGACAUUAGGGUGUACUACUGUCAUUUGCUCUGAUAAAACAUGUACCUUGACAACCAAUCUGUUGGCAGUAGCUAAGCUUGUGGCCAUGGGGGGCUGUUCAAAACAAACUUGA